AUGACAACUGUAAACAGUACAUUUACGCAAGAGUGUGAAACUGAACAAGAUUUAAGACCCGGAGAAAUGAGUGUCAACGAGUCAUUUAUUGAAAAUGAAUCACCUCCUUCUUAUAUAACAUUUCGGAAAGGUAGUAGCGUGAUUCCUGCAAUUUCCGAUCUACAACAAGAAUUUAAAACUCUUCAAAGAAGUUUACUUAACAGGCUUGAUUCCCGGUUCUCAAAACAAGAAACAAAAUUUAAUACCCUUCUUAAUGACUUCGACGAAAUUAAAACUACGCUGAAAUUUAUCAGUGAUAAAUACGAUGAUUUAGACAAAAGAACUCAUGAUGUCAGCAAGCGCGUAUCUAGAAUAGAACAGCAGCUGAAAUCCACACCGGUCUUCGAGGCACGAAUCUCUGAAUUAGAAACUGAACUGGCUGAAUUUGAACAAAAAUCUCGAAAUUGUAAUAUUGAGAUAAGUAAUCUGCCUGAAAAACGAAGCGAGAACUUAAUACAAAUACUGGAGAAUAUUGCUAAAGUCAUAAAGCAACCAAUUUCUACUAAAGACAUAGUUACAAUUCAUCGUGUACCUCAUAUGAACCCUCAGAUUUCACGCCCGAAGAACGAUAAAGAAGGAAAGGGUGCUGCAUUUUUAGACAUUCAAACCAAAGAAUAUGUUGAGCUCUGCUUAGGUAAGGAAAUUUCAGUUAUGCAUGCGGAACUCAUUGCAAUUGCAGAAGCCUUAUCUUAUGUCAAGUCACUUAUAAGUAUGAUAAAUUGUUGA